AUGGAUUUUCAGAAGCGAUUCAUAGGGCGUCAGAGUUACAUUCACAAAACUGGGAACAUCAUAGAUCCCAACAAGAAUGAGGUCAUUCCCCUUCCCUCCAACAAAAGCAUCAAUAAUAACGACCCAAAACUUGAACACAAAAAUAGAGAGCAAAAAAUUUAUACUCCAGCUAGUGGCUCUGUUGAAAAUACCCCAGAGUAGUCUGAUUCAUCAAUAAAAAAGAAUAGCCCAAUAAUAAGGUAGGUAGACGGAGUUGUAAAAAAGCCCUAGUUGAAUAUCAUAUCAAAGACAAACUCUAAUUCUAUGCAAAACAGUGUUCAGUCUCUAGUAUAGUUUAAAGAAGUUAAAAUGAAGGACAAUAAGUUGCACAUAAAUAGCAGCAGUAACACUUAUAAUCUGCAAAACAAAAAUAUUAUUGAAAUAAACAGUCCUCUAAUCUAAAUCCAAGGACCAAGCAAAGAUGAGUUAAAUAAAGGCAGCUAGUAAUUACAACCCUUAAAAUUGAACACUUAUGAUGAGCAAUAGUAGAGUAAAAGGAAAGCAUCAGUCAUCCAUGAUUUAGAUAUUGAUACGAUGUCACCUAAAAAUAUGAAAAGAAAAUCUCAAAGAGAAGAGAGUGAUCUAACCAAUGUGCAAAUUAAUAUUUCGUAAGAUCAAAUCAUAAAAGACAAGAAAACAAUUGAUCUAAAGAUCUAAAAACCUAUGUCAGUGAUGAGACAUGAUCAUUAAACUAUAAGUGAAAUCAACAAUAUGAGUAGAGAUCAAGGAACUUCCUUAAAUAUGCAAAAGAAUUAUUAUGAAAUGAAGCACAAGGGAAGAAAGGUCCAUUCACUAAACAGCUCAAUAGACUAUCAAAACAAACCUGGCAAAGCUGAGUCAAAGCAAAAGAAUAAUUAAGAUUUUUCAGUCAGUGUGCCAAACAGCCACUUAGGAAAGAAAAAAGUCUCAGAUCUAGACACUACUGUCAUUUAUGAUAGUAAUUCAACCUAAGAUACUCCUUUGAAGUUAUACAGUAAUAUGGAAAACUCUAAUUCAAAAAAUAGCAAAUAGGUAUUAAGUUUUAAGGCUUAAAGAUUAGUUGCUUAUGAAGAUGUGAAAUAGAAUCCAAUUAUUGCUUCAAUGACUAUUAAAAAGAACCUCAUAAAUGAUGCUUAAUCAGAGAAAUAACCGACCCAAGUCUCUUACUAUCACCUUAUGAGUUUGAAUAAUGAUAGGUAUUCAAGUGGAGCAUAUUCUCCAACUAGUGAUAAAACCUAUAAUGGAAGUAUUCAUGGUGACUCAUUCUACAUGAAGUUCCAAUAAUUCAAGAACAAGAUAGGAACACAUUCUAUGGUCUCAACUGCAGACAAAGAUGGAGAGAGCGCUUAAAAGACAGCAUAAUUUGGAGAGUUUGGAAAUGAAAACUCCCCAACUAAAUUGCCAUUAAUUUAAAAAUAGUCCCAAUCAAUGAAUGUCAGAAGUAAUCAAGGUAGCAACUCUUUUUAGGCUUAAGCUAAAUAAACUUUCUCUGCUCCAAAUCAGCUAAAUAAUCCUAGGCAGGAUACAAUUUUGACAAUCAACAACAUUAGUGCAAGCAGCGGCCAAAUUAGUUCUUAAAAAAAUAGCAAUAUUUAGAUCUAUGGUAAGGUUGUGAAAAGAAGGAAUAUUUACCAAGCAAACUCAAAUAAUGAAAAAAAUUUGUAAUAAUCCUUCAAUGAUCAUUCUGGUCAAUAUUAGAGUGAUUCCUUAAAUUAGACAGUUCAAUUAAAGAAGUAAGCCUAAUCAAGGGUUUAACUGCAUUCACUUAACAACUCAAUAAACCUUCAGAACGAUCUUGAACUAAUUAAACUUAAGCAGCAGGAAGAUCAAGUUCGAUAGAUAAAUAGCAUUAAGAAGUCAUAUUCACCUUAUAGAAUGAAAGAGUACUUAGAAAUGCAAAACUAGUAUCAGUCUAAAUAUAAGAAAUUGGGUGGGCUAGGGCCAAAUAUUGGAGACAAUGAAUGGCAAGAAAGAAAACUCAAGAAAGAGAAAAUAAAUCAAUAUGUAAAUCAACUUAAAUACAAGUAAAUUAGUGAACUAUGA